CUGCCAUUGGACACCAUGUCAAACACGCUGACGGAUCUCCGGUUAAUAUUUAACCUGUUUUAUAGAGGCAGAGUUCACCACCGCCAUUUUACCUUUGGUUUGAGUGAAUCUGGCGACACAUGAAGAGGAACCGUUGAGCAUCUACUACGGCGGGAUGGUGACGCUGAAUCACUUGAGUGUCGAGGAUCCAGAAGACGGUGCUCCACUGCUGCCCGAGGCCUCUGUGCCUGAAACGCCCACACCUGAGAGACACAAACUCAGAGUGGAGACCAAAACAGAGUCCAAGAGCUUUUUCAUCAGAAGAAACCAGAAUCUGUCCUUGAGUCUGGUUCUGCUGGUGGGUUGCUACGCCGCCAUUCUGAUCCCGGCGUAUCUGCCACAACAGAAGCUGGCGGAUGAAGGGCAUCAAGAACCAAAAGAUCUGGUCAGAACUGACACCUGGAAACACUUGGAGUGGACCUUCAGUUGUGUAGCACUGACCUGUUUUCUUCAGGCUUUGUUCAACCGGUCAGCAGCACUGCUGUCUGGACCCUGUCAACCAAACUGGGCUCUGGACCACUUGAAGCCCCUGCCGUGCUCCACAGGCCUCCAGGACAUUCCAGUGUUUGUGCAAAAGAACCCCACCAAAUCAUGGGACCACCAACCUCCUCUUGGGCUCCUGGGCAGUGAGAAACAUCUGGCCCAAACGCUGGACUCUCUGCCUCAGCCGGGUCUGCCUCCCUCACUGGACAGAAAGCGCCGAUGCAUACGAUGCGUGGUGGUGGGCAGUGGCGGGGUUCUGCAUGGCAGCCAUCUUGGAUCCCACAUUGAUCAGUAUGACAUCAUCAUCCGGCUGAACAACGCCCCGGUUCUUGGGUUUGAAAGAGACGCCGGGUCUCGCACCACCAUUCGCCUGGUUUACCCAGAGGCGGCGCCUCACUUCGCCCACGACUACAGAAACACAUCCAUCAUCGCACUGGUGGUGUUCAAGUCUCUGGACCUGGACUGGCUCACAUCCAUCAUCACCAAACAACCUCUGAGCCUCUGGUCCAGAAUGUGGUUCUGGAGGGAGGUAGUGGACGACAUUCCCUUAGAGCCAGUGAACUUCAGAGUCCUUAACCCAGAGAUAAUCCAGAGGACGGGACAAGUGCUGCAGGAAUACGCCCAGAAACAGCAGAUGCUGCCGACGCUGGGGGCCAGCGCAGUGGUGAUGGCCCUGCAGCUGUGCGACCAGGUGAGUCUGGCUGGGUUCGGCUACGACAUGCAGCAACCUCAGACCAGGCUUCACUACUACGAGACCAUCCGCAUGGGCGCCAUGAAAGCUCAGGUGGUGCAUGACGUCAGCGCGGAGAAGCACUUCUUGAGGGACCUGGUGGCGGCGGGAGCGGUGACCGACCUCACGGGGGCGAUAUGAUUCAGACCAACAGUGACUGACACUAUUAUGAACUCUGCAUGCACUGCACUCCGUCACCGCCAACCACAGCCACGUCCUACAUAACUGCUCGCUGGAAAAGUCAACCAGAGUGCAGAGUGACCUUUAAAACGUGCGCAAUCUUCAGGGCCCGGCCGCCAGUGAGCAUAUUAAAAACUGUAAGUGUCGCACAUGAUGGGGCUGAUCUAUAGGGAACACAUGAAUUAUGGCAUCGCCAGAUGUUACACCACCAAUUACAUCAUCGCAGCCAACGCUACCACCCCUUUAAAAUGGACUAAUGCAGGCUUUCAGAGCAAAUCCUAACAAGAUGAGUGUUUUAGAUUGAUAUUACAGAGUCCUGCUGGCAAAAUCACAUGACAAUUUAAGGUGAGGGGAAGCUGAUCAACGGCUCUCCAAGUUACCUUCCUUUGUUUGAACUGCCAAAUGAAAGAAAUGGACAGUAAUUCCAUUUUUUUUAUUUGAAACUUGUUUUCAUCUUAUGCAGAGAAUAAUGGUAUGGUUUUCAGCAUCAGUCAUUUUUAACAUAUAGGAAAAGUAUUCCUGUUUUAUGUCUUUAUUUUAUUUUGAAAGACAGUGUUGUUUUUAAUGCAAAAAUGUAAGAAAAGCAUAUUUUUGUGUUAUUUAUAAAAAUGUAGUUAUUAAUCUUCAUUCCUCAUCUUAGUUUUAAGUGGUUCAACUAAUAAUAAAAUGUAUUAUUAAGAUAAUGUGGCUAUUAUCACCUGCCGUUUUUCUGGAUAAAAGUGUCCACAGCUUUCUUGCAGUGGCGCUGGAAACCCUCACCCCAAACAUGUGGCGACACCUGAGGUCAAACAACAGCUGUUUGGUGCGGAACCCAUCACAGUCAAAGCGUGACAAGAGCCCUCUCGAUGAAUAGGAGCCCAGCUAGCAAACUCUUCUCCUCUGCUUUUAGCUGCUAAUCCAGCGCUCUCCUCCGUCCGCCCAGACAGAGGACUCCUGAAAUCUCAUUAAGCCAGAGAGGAGAUGUAAUCCCUCCAUCUAGAGGUCAUGACUGUGAUCUCAUGCCUUUCUGACAAAGGGUGGCAUCCUUCUGGGCAACCCGAUCCCCUCAAAUGACUGCUCCCCACGUGGAGACGCCGCAGCACCAUCUUGGGUCAGAGAAUAGAGGAGCACAUCGCAGCAUCUUUUACCCUCACGGCAGGUCUGCCGCCCGGAUGAAUGACACCCCAUGAUACUGGAGAGUACAACCGCCAUGGUGCUUACGCCUCCUGCUUCACAAGACUAUUGAGUCAGAGAUGAAGCAGUGCUGCCAUUAAAAUGUUGGUCAGACUAAAAGGGAAGUUUAUCAAUAAAAACAAUUCUUCAUUUCUGUUAUUACACACAUACAGUUGUACAUGUUUCACUGAUGCUAUUGUAUAUAUGACUCCAUGACACGUGACAAAAUAAAAAAAAUUGGGUGA